UUUUAAAUCAAAUUUUGUAACUAUUUAAACGAAUUUCAAAUAUUUCUAUAAAUAAAUUUUUUAGAAAAAUGUUAAAGUUUAUACUUGCUCUAAUUUUAUUGUAUACAACAACAAUAUUGGGAUAUGAUGGACCAGCAAUUGUUUCACAAGAUCAAAAUAUUCUAAGAUCAUAUGGUAAUUUAGGACAAGUUUCAACAUAUUCAAAAACUUUAGAUACACCAUUUACAUCAGUACGUAAAGCAGAUGUACGUAUUAGUAAUCCAGGUAUAAUAGCAUCACCAGCAUAUGCACAUGUCGGUUAUCCAGCUACAGCAUCAAUUGGUUAUCCUGGUUUAGUAACAACAGCACAUCAUGCUGUUUUACCAACAAUAUCACAUGCAAGUUAUGUUAAACCGGCACCAAUAGCAACAAUUCAACAUCAUAUUCCAACAGCAAGUUAUGUAACACCAGCAAUUACUGGUAAAACAAUUAUACCAGCUGGUGCUUCAGGCAGUUUAUUAGGUGUUGCAUAUUCAGCUGCACCAACUGUAUCACAUAUGUCAUUCAGUAAUGGAUUAGGUUUAUCAUAUGAAUGGUAGAAUUUUAAAAUGAUAUGAAAAAAAUUGAGGAGAUUUAAAACCAAAACAAUAAUAAACGCUUUGUUUUUUUUUGUUUUUUGUCUGUUGUUGGCAAUAUUUAUGUAUAAUUGCAUAUUUUAUCAGUAGACCUAUAAGUGCAAUUUAUAUGUGUAUGUAUUCUUUUUUCAUAUUAUUUAUAAA